CCUGAGACUUGCGACGCGUGUUCAGCGGCGGGAGGGGUCGGAGAGGAGGGAGAAGGUGGCGGAAGCGGAAGCGGAAGUAGAAGCGGCCACUGUGGAGGUUGCCCUGACGCUGGAGCGCGAGCUUCAGCCUUCUGCCGGAUGACUUCUAAGGCCAGAAAGCGAGUGGUCCUCCCCACAAGACCAUCUCCACCCACCGUUGAACAGAUCCUGGAGGAUGUCCAUGGUGCUUUGCCCUCUGAUCCUGUUUUCACCACCUUUGCCCCACAAGCCCUGGAAGAGCUUCCCGCCCCUCAGGAGAAUGAGGACCCAGAGGCCGAAAGGGAACGUCAGUACCAGCAGAGUCGCUCCUAUGUGGCCAUGAACCAUCGCCUCCAGCUGGCCUGUGACCUCCUGAAGCAGAAGUGUGAGGAGUUGCGGCAGGCUGGGGACAGCCUUGAGCAAGACAUCUUGGAGAUGAAGCAGAGGACCCUCUCUGGCACACAAGCUCCCAGCUGUCUCCCUGGUGUGGGUUCCUCAGGUUGAUGUCGUGCUUUUUGAUUUAUUUUUGGAAGUGAAAUUCAGGGCCUCUGUGUCUGCAGAGACACAGGCCUUUCCAGAAGCAGCUUUUCCAAGGCUUAGUUGCCCUCCAGUUCUGGCCCUCUGGGUUUUCCUGCAUCCUUUUCUCUCUGUCAACCCACCUGCCCCUUCAGACCAGAGCCCCUGUCCUAGCUGGGGAGGGGUGGAGGGACACUGUAGUGUGACACCUCCCUCUGCCUGUAAGAAGCACAAGCAUGCCCCCCGCCCCCCAAGAGCUUCACUCACAGUAUCAGGAUCUGAAGACAAUUGUUACACACAACCAUUGGGGUCACCUGGGAAGGCAAGAUUGAGUACCUACGGGUAUCUAAAAGGAAAUGUGAACCAGGCCAUGGAACGGAGGACCAAGUCCCCUCGGCAUAUGAUGAAGGCAGCAUAAUGAAGACAUUAUCUCUGGGCAUGAUUCUUCCAAGAGACACUGCCAGAUCACAGGAGAAGAAUGCUGGCUCCAGGUUCGCAUUCCCUUCGUUGUCGCAGCUGGUGCUGCCAGCACAUCAUCUUCUUCUUACUUUCCUUUUUCUCUGUAUAUGGGCCUCAAAGUCCUAUGAAAUCCUUGCCUUUUACUUUUCAAAGGAUUGACUGGUCGGUCGUCUGCAUGCUGGCUCGGGUGAUUUUGUUGACAUCAUUGCCCUCAUUAAAGUUAAAUUGUCCAAAUGCUGGCCUGGC